AUGUCUUCUUCUCAAGUAAAAAAUUCCGGAGGUAAAAUAGUCCCCCGUUCGGAUCUCCGGGUGGGGACUACAAGAGAGGUAAGAAGUGUUAAGGAUGUGAAGGAAUAUAAACGAAUAGCAACUUGGAAUGUAAGGACUUUAUUACAAUGUGGAAAAUUGGAAAAUCUGAAAAUAGAAAUGGACAAGAUGAAAAUCGAUAUUCUUGGAAUAUCAGAAUUGAGAUGGCCAAAGUCAGGAGACUUUUGGAGCGGAGACCAUAGAAUAAUACAUACAGGUGCAUCAGAGAAGAAACCUGGCACAGGAGGAGUAGGGAUUAUAAUGAAUAAAAACCUAGGAAAAAAAGUUAAAGGCUAUAUACAAUAUGACGAUAGAAUCAUUCUAGUCAAGCUCCAGACGAAACCAAAAGAUACAAUAGUAGUUCAAGUGUAUAUGCCGACAUCAAAUAGUAACGAUGAAGAGGUAGAAGAAGUAUACGAAAAUAUAGAUAAAAUAAUCGAAAAUGUUAAAGGGGAAGAGAAUCUGGUAGUAAUGGGUGAUUGGAAUGCCGUUGUAGGGGAAGAAAAAGUAAAUAAUGUAACAAGUGCCUUUGGGUUGGGAACGCGAAAUGUAAGAGGAGAACGCUUAUUAGAAUUGUGUGCAAAACAUAACUUAAUAAUCACAAACACUUGCUUUGAUCACCAUCGAAGACGAAGAUACACGUGGAAAAUGCCAGGAGACAUAAAUAGAUACCAAAUAGAUUACAUCAUGGUUAAGAAUAGAUUUAAAAAUCAAGUAAAGGAAAAAAGAUGGCAGAACUUGAAAGAUACAAUUACAUUGGCUGCAACGAAAACUCUAGGAAAUAGCAACAAUGCAGCAAGAAAGGAAUGGAUUACAACGGAAAUAGUCAACAUGAUAGAGGAAAGUAGGAAAUACAAGAGUUUGAACAGUAUAGAUGGACAGGAAAAAUACAGAGUACUGAGGAAUGUAAUCAUUAGGAAAUCGAGGUAA